AUGGCGGUAUUCAAUACAAAUAAAAAGCAUAUAAGUCCAGGUGUGAUACAAGGACAGUCAGAUAAUGAUGUUGUCACUGAUAAUACUAGCAGCUCAACUCUAGAUUCAAGUUCACAAUUAUUAAAUGUUGAUUUUCCUUCUAUUCAAAUUGGAGACGACAAUGAUUAUGACAAAUCUUCCAAAACAAAUAGAGAUGGACGUUCAAGAAGGGACAAGCAAGGAAAAUCCAGAUUUUCAAGACUAUCGUUUUCCCCAUCGCACAUCUGGUCGUCCCUUUCUCCUAUGCGGGGUGGAAAAACUGGAGAUAAAGAAGCAGCCAAUCAAUCUGAAGAUGAUGUGAAUACAAAAGUAAGCAGUGAUACAGGAGGUUUACAAUUAGAUAUAAAAUCUGCAACAAGAAGCAGAAGGACAACAGACGCAUCGGCCUCCAUAUUGGGAAUAUCAAGGUCGUUUGCCGGCUUUCUCACUACUGCAAGUGUUUAUGCUGGAUUUGAGGAUUUGCAGGAAGCACAACAGGAAGAAAACGAAAUCAUAGAUAGUGAGGCUGCAGAUUAUGGUGGCACAAAACAAAGUAAAAAUACAAUAUACUCGAAGAGCAAUGCUUCAAAGAGUAAGCUCGAGCUGUCCAUUACAAUUCACAAGCCACUACUUUCUAAGGAAAAGGCUAGAAUGUUUGCUGAGAUGCUCAGACAACGGUUUAAAAUCCCCGAUGACUGUGAGUUUGUUUCCGAUUACAACUGUUGGUUAAUGGGUGAUGUUCUUCUUCAAGGACACCUUUUCAUCACAACGCAGUUUUUGUUUUUCUCAGCAUACUUGCCCAAACGGCAGCCUGAGAAGAUAAUACAGCAGGGAACAUUAUCAGUGAAGUCUGCAAUAUUACACCGGAGAUGGAUUAUCUUGAAGGAAGGAACGCUUUCUGUGUUUUCGCAUUCCAAUGACUUGUACUUCCCAGAUAUGGUAUUGGACCUCAAGGCGGCCUUAAGAGCGGAAAUAUACUAUAAAUCGAAAAAGAGCGGCACAGGGAAGGAGAAAACGUCGGAGAGUGCUCCGGUCUGGUUCAAAGUCCUUACACCGAAAAAGGCAUACUGGUUUCAGGCAGACAGCAUGAGCUCGGCCCGUUCGUGGGUGUCGGCAAUCAAAAAACAAAUAUUUCAAAGCAGAAAUAAAGGGGACCAAGCCAUUGUGAAGAUACCGCUUAGGAGCAUUCUUGAUUUUGAGCUUACGACAGUUCUUGGUGAGACGAAGAAUUUGCGAAUCAAGGUGAUCGAGAAUGCAGACUCUUAUGCCAUAGACGACUACUUUCUCUUGCUUUUUUCCGAUGGCGCAAAAGUGGCUGGAGACAUUCGAAAUGUUGUGGAUCGUGCCGGAGUGAAACUUACAGAUGGCAGAAAUGAGGAGGAGUGUGCACAGUUUGUGAAACGUAAGGCUGAGCUCAUGAAGGAGAUCAAUGAAGGCAUUGAGACGUCAAAUUGUAUGAUUCGAGAUCCGGAAAGCAUACAGAAGGAGACAAAAAAGAUUAAGGAUGGGUCUCAGCCGGAGUCCGUAGAGGUGCAAUCACCCGAUUCAGCCACAAGUUCGACUUUCCAGCGUGUAUCGAAGGCUGCAGCCUCUGGAAUUUCUACAAUCACGAGGAAUUUAUCGUACAAGCAGCAGCAGAUUGUUCACGUAGGGUCUGAGUUCGUUGGUGAUCCAUUCUACAUUUUCGACAAGACGGCAAGAGAGAAGAAGCAGAGCGGGUUUUUGAAGGCUUUCUCGCUUCACGAUCAAGAACUCAGAGCAAUAUAUCACGGUUACUGUCUCAGAGGACUCCCCGUGUAUGGAAAAGUGUUCAUCAGUACCGACUACCUCUGUUUCCAGUCAUCUCUUCCUGGUUCGAAUACCCUGAUGAUUCUUCCACUUACAGUUCUGGAAAACGCCUCGAAAGAGAAGGGGUUCCGGUUCGGAUACUGCGGAUUGGUGGUGGUAAUAAAAGGCCACGAGGAGCUUUUCUUUGAAUUUUCAACUGAAAAGGCACGUGACGACUGCGAGUGCCAGCUUCUCCGGCAGAAAGAUAGAAUGAGAAAUAACGAUAAAAGAAGACACAGAAGCUACAAGGGCAGCCAUGCAAGUACAAGCACUGCCUCGCACUCCAAUAGUCCCGAAUCGUCCGAGUCAGCGCCAACGUUGACCUCGGCCAGGAUAAAACUUGUAGAAAGCAAAUUGAACGACGAGAUUGGGGCAGAUGUGCCAAUUCUGAUCGAGGAUAAUCCCUUACAGCGCACAGUUCUCAAGCCCUUGAAACACUACAGAUUCACGUUGCUUACAAUUGGAUCCAGGGGCGAUGUGCAGCCGUAUAUAGCACUAGGCAAGGCAUUGAAAAAGGAAGGCCAUUCAGUGAGAAUCGUGACCCAUGGGGAGUUCGAACCCUGGAUCAAGUCGCACGGGUUGGAAUUUGCACCGAUUGCCGGCGAUCCGUCCGAAUUGAUGUCUCUAAUGGUGAGCCAUCCGACAAUCAGCUACUCGUUUGUGCGAGAGGCCAAGUCCAAGUUUUCAUCCUGGAUUAACGAGCUUUUAGACACCUCUUGGAAGGCUUGCCAGGGAACAGACGUGCUUAUUGAGUCUCCAUCAUCAUUUUCCGGUAUCCAUAUUGCAGAGGCACUUGGCAUUGCAUACUUUAGGGCAUUUACUAUGCCGUGGUCUCGGACUCGGGCAUAUCCGAAUGCUUUUAUGGUUCCCGACCAGAAAUUGGGCGGAUCGUACAAUUACAUGACACACGUUGUUUUUGAAAACGGAUACUGGAGAGGAGUGUCGACCCAGGUGAACAAAUGGAGAGAGAACACUCUGCACAUUCCGCGGACGACUUUGGCAGCACUAAAGCAGAAUUCCGUGCCCUUUUUGUACAACAUGUCGCCGGUUGUAUUUCCGCCAAGCGUAGAUUUCCCAGAGUGGGUCAAAGUUACCGGAUAUUGGUUCUUAAACGAGGGCCACGAUGACUACAAACCACCCGAAAAGCUCAAAAGCUUCAUAAAGGAUGCCAGGCGCAACCAUAAGAAGCUAGUGUACAUAGGUUUCGGGUCAAUUGUAGUGGAGGACCCGCACAAGAUAUCGUUUGUAAUCACGCAGGCCGUUCUCAGGGCCGGUGUGUGGUGUGUGUUGAAUAAGGGCUGGUCAGAGCGUGGCAAGAGUAAGGGAAACAGCCAAUGCACUGAUUCUAGCAAAAAUCCUCGCGAUACAUCUCGUAGAAUGGACGAGUUCCCACCAGAGAUCCUCAGCAUCGGCUCUAUUCCGCAUGACUGGCUUUUCCCACGCAUCGACGCAGCCGUACAUCACGGAGGCUCUGGAACAACCGGUGCGUCGCUCAAAUUUGGCCUUCCAACUGUCAUCAAACCUUUUUUCGGAGACCAGAAGUUCUAUGCGAACCGGGUGGAGGAUCUAGGCUGUGGAAUAGCCUUGAAAGAGUUGACUGUGAGUAGUUUGGCGUCUGCCUUAAAGGAAAUCACCACCAACAACCGGCUAAUGCAGAAGGCUGAGGCCAUUGGGUCGAUGAUUUGCAAAGAAAACGGAGUGCAAAAUGCCAUUGCUGCAAUAUACAGCGAAAUGAAGUACGCCAAGAACUUGUCCUUGCAGAAAAGACGGGCAUCAGUUGCGGAUGAUGAUAAAGUUGAAUGCAAGCUGGACGAGGUAACUUCGGAGGAUGGGGAAUCAUGGCUGCUGGUAUAA